AUGCCAGAAUCACAACAAGAAGUGCCUCCUGUGCCUCAAGAUAUGGAACUUCGAGGCAACUUGGGGCAGUCCACCACCACCACCACCACCAGGGAACAUGAAUACACAAUGGCAUCAACAUUAGCGCCUCAGGAUGGUCUCCUCCCAUCAAUGUCAUCAGGAAACUUCCCACGGCUGCCUCCAGAAACCCAGCUGCCACCGACAACAAAUGGUCCUGGGGCCAAUGGAUUUUCUUCAAGUGCCGGAGGAUAUUCGGGCUAUAACACAACAAAUCAAAAUGACUACAGCAAUAUUGAAACAUCCAGUGGAGAGAACUCAGUGCAGGUUCUUGAUCAUGUUUAUAGUGGUUUGUCUGGUACCGGUGGUUGUCAUGCCAGCAAAACAAUCAAUCAAAAUGACGGCAGUGGAGAAAACUCAGAACAACUUAUACAAGGGGACGCAAUCGAGGCAGAACUUAUGAUGGAAAAGGACUCAAGGAUUACAACCAUCACGAUUCCCAAACUGGAACAAGGAAACACAACCACACACCCGUACCCCUUGAAUCUGCUGCCUCUAAUAUUUGACGAUGUUAUAUCUCUCCCACCACCGCUCCCAACAACGACAGUACCGGCACCGACGAGCGUCCCUGGGGCCCAGCAUGUUUAUGGGGGCUUUUCGGGAAAUCCAAAUUCUUUUGGCGUCCAUCAUGACGGAGACCAUACAGCAAGCAAUCUACAGACUGAUGUCAUUGAUGCAGCUGUUGUGGAAAUGGACAAUCAAGAAACUCACUUGUUGGAGAGUACUGGUACAGAGCCCAGAAUACCCAACCAGAGAUCAAAGGAGUACUGGAGGCAAAGGUUACUUCGAGUCCUUUCAUUGGAAGUCAAUGUGGUCCUCUUGGCAGUGAUUGUAGUACUCCUGUUAUUUUUGGCAGUGUCCGAGGCAGGACACACCAGCAGCAACUCCAGUCAACCAACUUCCAUUGAAAUGCCUCCAAGCACUCCACGACUGACAACAAUGCCAACAAUGGCACCAGCAACCUUUUUGGAAUCACUACCAGACUAUACCCUAUCAGCUAUGGAACGAGCACAGUCUCCUCAGUCCAAGGCCUAUCAAUGGCUGAUCCAAAACAUCAACAAUAAAUCUUCCACUCUUCAGGAUCUACCAAACUGGAGACUAAAACAAAGAUUUGCUCUGGCCACAUUCUACUAUUCUACAAGAGGAGACUAUUGGGUGAAGAAGCAAGGAUGGUUGGACUGGGAGACCAAUGAAUGCUAUUGGGAACAAAUACCAGUAGACAUGGGCCAAAAUUUGUCUCCAGAAGUGAACUGCAAUGCCAAUGGGGAAAUCAAGGCACUGGCAUUUUGGGAUGCCAAUAGCAUGGAAGGUAGGAUUCCUCCGGAGAUUUCCUUGCUGGGGAAAAGCUUGCAGUCAAUCGAAUUGAAUCGGCAAUUGGAACUCAAGGGAACCAUCCCAACUGUGGUUGGACUGUUGACAAAAUUGACUCAAUUAGUUUUGAGUGCAACAAACAUUGAUGGCUCCUUUCCAACCGAGUUGGGUCAACUGCAGAGUCUUCAGUUGCUUCACUUUCAUAUGACACCUAUUCAUGGGCAUAUUCCUGCUGAGAUUGGACAACGGCGCAACUUAUCAGCAUUAACUUUGGCAAGAACUGAUCUAACAGGUUCCGUACCUGGUGAACUUUACAAAUUGCCUGGUCUGCAGACUCUGGUAAUUUGGGAGUGCCCUGGGCUGCAAACUGAAUACAUCCUUCAAGAAGUCAUCAGCAACAAAAUACAGCUUCAUUCACUGUCGCUAUCAAGCCGAACCGUUGGGACAGUAAUGUCAACUCCAUCUGAACUUGGCAAGCUUACAGAACUGAAAGUCCUCCGUUUGAAAGAGUGGAUAAUUCAGGGAACUAUCCCGAGUGAGCUUGGGCAGUUGACAAAGCUGACGUUUCUGAACUUGCAUGGGAACUCAAUCUCUGGAAAUUUGCCACAUGAGGUCUUUGAACUGACUGACCUGACCUACAUCGAUGUUGGCUCAAAUCAGUUGGAGGGCACACUACCACCAGUUCUCUUUUCUAAACUUACACUGCUGCAAUUCUUGCAACUAAACAACAAUCAGUUUGUAGGUUCUAUCCCUUCAGAAAUUGGUCUAGCCUCUAACCUGAAGAAUCUAGAGCUGCAAAAUACUGCUCUAUCUGGCACACUGCCCACAGAACUCCUUGCUAUGGAAAGCUUGAAAAACUUGGUACUCAAGAACACGUCAUUGUCUGGCGGCAUUCCUGAACAACUAUGUGACAAAAUGUAUGAGCAAAGAUUUGAUUGCUGGGGCAAAUUGACCUGCUCUUAUUCCAAAGUGCAAUCGAACACAACAGUCUGCUAUGGGACUCAUCUCUGUGGAUGCGAUUGCAACAAUUGCCCAGGUAACUAA